AUGGUGAAGCCGGGCAAGCUCCUCCCUCCCGAUCCAAGACCAUGGAAAGGGGAACCCGAAAAACGCAAAGAACGCAAAGAAUUCGAAAAGGAAGUCGCCGGCUUCGACUGGGGCCAGGCCAUCGCCCUCGGCCUCAUUGGCGCAACGGUGGCCUUUGGGAUCGACAAGUCCCUCAAGCGCACGGAAGAAAAGCACGAGGAGGAAGAUAGAAAAGAGGAGAGACGGAGGCAGAGGGAGAGACAGUCACGCUCCCGGCCGCCGAGGAGUAGUCGCAGCCAAGCCGGGUACGACAGGGAUAGAUACAGAGGGGGACACGAUGACGACAGAGACGACAGAAGCGACGACGGGCGGGGUUUUCGGGAUGAUCGGAGCGAUCGGGAUUACUACGACCCGGAUUGGCGUGAGGGGGAGUAUAAGUCCGUGAGGGACUAUGCGCCGCCGCCGAGCGAUGUCUCUGAGGCGAGGGCGGUGAGGGAGGAGAGUGUCAGUGUGAGGGGUGUCGGGGGUAGGGAGUACGUUAGGGCUAUGGACCAGUUUGAGAGGGAUUAUGGGUAUGGAGACCGGCGGCCUAGGUAUGGUGAGAAGAGACGGAGUCGGAGUAUUCCUGUGUCGCGGUCGAAGGAGUAUUAUUCGAAUUGGUGA